CCCAAACCAAAAUAGGAAUGAAAAUCCUGGACGAUAAACAUGGUUCAUAAAGAACAAAUACGAUGUGAUGACGUCAUCAACGGUGUAUAUAGCAGUACACGGUUUACAAAUUUAGAAUCGAAGCAUACUGGUUGUGCAAAGAGAGUGUGCGUAAACAUACGACGGAUUUAAAAACAUACAAACAUGCUUCAUUUAUUUGGAGAAAUAUUCCAAUCUUCAAAGAAAUUUAAAUGUUAUUUGUUAUUGGCGUGUUGGGUUUUUCUGUUAGCGUCUUUGGUAAUCGUUGGAGAAUAUCAUCAAGGAAAGCGGGAUGUUAAAUAUCUGGACGAUAUUGCACAGUUAACGGAUUUUCUUGAUAAGGUCUGUGAUGACGUUUAUAACGAAUUAUCAAAAGACGCUUUGUUGCGUGCACAGCUGGAAAGUAUAGAAAAUCUGGUCAACGACAAGAUCAAACAUGGAUUCGUUACAAGCGGGCCAACAAUGAAACCAGCAGCAAGACUUGAAGGAGGACCGACUAAUUCUUUGAAAGGUCGGACGUCAAGAAAUCCCCGGGAUACCACGUUAGUACAGUGCUGGUGCCAUGAAUGUACCAACGCAUUUCUGAGUAACGGAGUGAGAUACCACCAUAGUCGACUAAUUGUACCUCUCACGGGUUCUUACAACCUCUAUUCCUUUCUUAGUCUGAGGGGCAGCAACAACUCUGCAGAACAUGACAGCCCACCAAACGAAACUCUUUUCAAACAUGCUAUUUACAGAUAUAACGUCAAGAGUGGUCACGACAUGGAGCUUGUGUCCUCUGUUCAACCUCUGUUGUCCGCCAUUCGUGCCUUCAGUACACCGCUUUUGCGAUUGGAACAUCUGCAUGCCGGAGACGAAAUUUCAGUCAAAAUCAGUGGCAUUUUCGAACGACAUGUUUGCAAGAAGAACGGCUUCUUUGGAUUGCACAUGAUUUGAGUAACAUCAUCAGGUGACACUACGAUGUCACAUUUUGGCUGCCAUGAUUGUCUUUUUUGUUCAAAAAAAGCGAACGAUAUUCCGUAUAGUAGUAUGCUUAAAUACCAUAUUGUUGUUGAUAUUCAGUAGAAAUGUAUUAUUCAUUAACUAAAAUUGCCAAUCGCGUAUUAGUUGUGUACGACUCUCAUAGUUUAAUUACUGUUGUUUAACCCAACAUUUAACAUUUUCUUAAUCCUUCAAAUGAUUCAUAAUUAAAAAUGAUGCCACAAAAGAAAACAAAAACAUAUGGCAUAUUUAUGUUUUGCAAGCUUCUUUUGGCUUUGAAUUAGAGUCCAAAUGUUUGUAUAUUUAAGAUUGUUUUCUUUUUAAACACACACUGCAGUGUUAAUUGUCUACAAGUCGAAGCAGUGAUACAUUAAAUUUGAACAAAGCUAAAUAAGCUUAAGCUUGAGUUUAUUCCAACAAAUGUCAAUACUGUGCUGUUAUACUUGUAUUCGUAAUAUUUAGCCAAUAUCAAUAAGCAAACAUAAAGCAGAUAUGUCAGGCAAAAACUGGAAUACCCAUUGAAUGAAAAGUUUUCGAAGUUUGUGUUGGUUUCUCAACCCCAUAAAAUAUGCAUAUGUAAAACUUUUGAUAUAAGGCUCGCUAUCAGCAAAUCACUACGAAAAAAUGAUUUAUGAUUUGUUAGAGCAUGCCAUUUUUAACUGAAUGUAAUAAUUGUAUUUAAUUGAAACAGUUUAACCUAUUUAAAACUAUUUUAUUUUGGUAAAGAUAGACGACACAACCGAGCAUUGAUAUUUGGCUUUUCACAACCGUAUAGUGGCUGCUUUCUGAAUUUGACGACGAUGACCUGAACUAUAUGAUGCUAUAUCUCUAAAGCUUUUUAAAAAAGAGGAGAUAUACCUGAUACUCGUUUUGGUUUCAUGAAAUCGUGCUUCAGAAAGUUAUGGUUCUUGUGCUCUGGUUUGUAAAUAACCAUUGAGUAAUUACAAGCAAUUAAAGUGGAAUGUUCUCUUAUUUUCACAUAAUUUGAUUUUCGAUGCUAUUAUGUUAUGUAGCUACACUACUUUAAAUGUGCUUGCAUUGUUUUGAAUGGAGAAAUCUAUUUUUGUAAUGAUUCAUUUACAAGUAUACAUGUCGUUUGGUGAGUAACUGUCUAAACAUAUCAUUAAAUAACAAGCGCUUUAUACAACGAUUGAACUAACAUAAUUGCAAGAUAACAAAUAUUACAAUUUAUGUUGAAAAAACGAAUGUUCAUGUCUAUUUAAAUUGUUUCAAAAUGUAUU